AUGGACACACUAAGACGUAGAAGCAGAAAACCCAACAAAUAUUUAGAUGAAGUCGGUGUUGUUGGAAGAAAAACUGGCAUAACAAUUUCGGAGGAUGUGACGAAAAAUGCUGAUGGCUUGGAGGACGUGGAUGCUUUCUUCGAAGCCGCAAAUUCUACAACUACAAAUAUUGACGCUUUCGUAGAAGCCGCAAAUUCUACAACGACAAAUAUUGACACUUUCGUCAAAGCCGCAAAUUCUACAACUACGAACAUCGGCACUUUCGUCGAAGCCGCAAAUUCUACAACUACAAACAUUGAAGCUUUCGUUGAAGCCACAAAUUCUACAACGACAAACAUUGACGAAAUAUCAAUGUCUCUUGUCACAGAUGAUUCGCCACAGGAAACAUAUUCGCCUCAUAAAAGUACGACUCCUUUAGAACCGGAGCAACCAUCACAUAAAAAUACAUCCCCUUCUGAAACAGGACCAACACCUUCUAAAAAGAAGGAUGGAGAUAGGGUUGUACUGUAUAGGCGUCGUGCCAUGGAAAGUCCAACAACAACAUUCAAUCUUGGCAACUCUAGGGGAGACAACACCGAUGAAGAACGCGAUCCAAGUACAGAUCAAGAAGUAAAUAGUCUAAAAAAUAAAAAGAAAGCAAAGAAAACAGCGUAUACAAAGACAGUUAUUCCCAAAUCUAUUUAUGAUCAAAACGAAAGUUCGAGUGAUAACAAAGGAAGAAAGUUACGAAGAAGUAAACGUCAACGUAUCAAGCCUCUGGAAUUCUGGAGAAACGAAAGAAUUAUAUAUGGACCAACAAAAACAGGCAUGGGUGCUACAGGCAAAGUUAUUCGUGUUCCUCGGUCAGACGACAAAGAAUCAGGUGUUGUACGAGAUACAAAGAAACGAAAGAGGGGCGAUAAAAAGACUACCCUUAAGAAGGGCGUAACGGAUGAUGAAAACAUUGACGAAGCAGCAUCUGCUGAAGGGUUUGCUAUCGAUUGGGAGACUAAUGAAAAAAUUACACGACGCUUAAUAUAUACCCUUUCAAUGUAUCAAACUGAAGCCAUUGAAAAUGAUGGGUUCAAGCUCCAAAAAACUUUUUCGGAAGGCGAUUUCUUUUCGGCAGGAUUGAUCGAUAUACCAAAAGGGCAUAAAAAAUCAGGAAGGAAUUCCAACGAAAGUGCAAUGGUAUUUUUUGUCUUUAAAGGGCCAGUAACGUUUCAACUCGAUACGCAAAUGUUUACGGUCAAAGAAGGAGCUCAAUUCUUUGUUCCGCGAGGUAAUAUGUACAGCAUAACAAAUCCAAGCAAAAGGAGCGAAGCACGAUUAUUUUUUGCUCAAGCUAAAAAGUAA